GUUUUCACUGGAGUAAUCGCAAAGGGACACUGGGAACGAUUUGAUUACUACGCUCGCCGCAUCAAAUUUCUCACUGCAUUAGCACCUCGGCCUGGCAAUAGUAGCAUUACGGUGUCGGAUUAUGUUUACCUGCGUAUCGCGCAGGUUCGGCCGUCACAUUCAUCCUCUCCACUUUUUCCCGCACUGCAACGCCUUUGCAUUCCCGACAUUCUUAAGCCUCCCAGCAGUGGUAUAUUCGGCGGUCCUAGCAUUGGUUUACCCCCUCCUAACAUUGGUUUAUCUGCUGCAUUUCUCGUGUCCUCUCCAUCGCUGGAAUCUGUGGAGCUACAUUCCCAGGCAACAUCUGAUCCACAGUUUUUUGCAUCAUACCUCUCAUUUUUAGUUGCUGAAUUAGCCCCCACACUUCGAUGCCUAAUUCUUCAUGGCAAUCUUGGCACGGAAUCGUUGACGCUCUUAAAGCACUUACGCAAUAUUCGUACAUUGGAGAUUCGUUUCCCUGAGCUAACCUCCUCUCCUGACUCUUUGUUUGGCACGCUCGCAAGUCUCGAAUAUCUAUCGGACCUUACGAUCGAUUAUGCCCCACCGGUGGGGCAUAGGGCCCUACCCUUGACCUCACCAUCUCGUAAAAGUAAACGCGGCAAAGGAAUGGGAGUAGCAAGAGCCACAGACGGAGUACCAUUGUUGAAGCUCGACCAUCUCAACAAUUUACAGAUCACAGGAAGUCCAACUGCUCUCUGCCAUGUUCUCAGCCAGCUUCGUGCACUCAGGCUGAAGUCUAUGGUCAUAAAGAUUCGAGUUGAGAAAACCAGUGGAUUCCAUGGUUCCACGUCCGAGUUGGACUCGGAAUGCUUCAAGGGCAUUGCUCAUUCGCCAUCAAUAUCGUCAAUUCAUAUCGCCGAAACCGAAAGUUCUUUUGUUGCUCUCACCAUCGCUGAUAUUCGCCCGAUUUUAACACUGUCACAACUCGAAGAAUUGGAUAUCAGCGUUUAUUCAAUGACCGGUGGAGAUGAGGUGAUUCAAGAAAUAUCAUCCAAUCUCCCCAUUUUAAAAACACUCAUCUUACCUCCAAUUCCUUCGAGUCAGAACCAAUCUAGGUUCUUCGGGAAAAAUCCUACUUUCCAUUCCCUCGAUAUCUUGGCUUGCAACUGUCCCGAUCUCAUUCAGCUCAAGCUUGCCAUCGAUCUACUAGCUAAUCUGCCACCAUCCCACAAUAAUAUUGCUGCAGUUCGGCAACGCUCCCACCCUCUGAAGGCACUCUACAUUGGAGAUGCCAAGCCUAGCGCGCAGCCUUUAACGAUGACACAACUCAUCGUCAUUUCCCGGUAUAUUGAUCAGAUCUUUUCCAACCUUGAAUUUGUUGGUCAUCAUGGAUCUGGGGACAAGUUUACGGAGGUAGACGAAAUUAGGAGCGCUUUCCAGGCCAAUCGACGCGACAUCCGCGAGAGUUUAGUUGAGAAGACUCCCCAACUCUCCUAUGUCUCUAAAGCGACCCAAACUAUAUAUAUGCCCGUGGCCGGGGGUACCGAUUUCACACACGAAGCGCCGCAUUUGAAGUCUUAGGGAAUGCAUGUCAAGGACAUCCACAGUCGCUGUCUUUUUAUUUCUCAUUUUAUUUCUCGUCAUUUCUUGCGUCACAAGUAUAUACCCAUAUGAAACUAGAAUGAACGGACAAGUAAAUU